GUUCAGAGGGAUAAGAAUAACAUAAAUUUUAAUGCCAUGGCAGGGACUGGUUUCUACACCUCCUGUCUUUCCUCCUCCAGCAACUUAGGGACAUGUUGGUUGGUAUUAAAAACUCACAAUGCAAGGGCCGUGCCAGGGAAUCUGAAACUACACGGAAGGAGAAGAUUGACAAUACAAGCAGAAGUGAAUUAUGUAAAUGCUGAAAAAGCUAAGGAACUUUUAGAAGUGGAUGGAUAUGUAGUUCUUGAUGUGAGGGAUAAAACUCAGUUUGAGCGAGCUCACAUAAAAUCAUGUUAUCAUGUGCCUCUUUUUAUUGAAAAUAAAGACAAUGAUCCUGGUACAAUUGUAAAAAGAACUCUGCACAAUAAUUUUUCUGGGUUGUUCUUUGGGUUACCAUUCACUAAGCCAAAUCCUGAUUUUGUACAAUCUGUUAAGAAUCAGUUUUCGCCUGAAAGUAAACUUUUGGUUGUGUGCCAGGAAGGACUGAGGUCUGCUGCAGCAGCAGAUAAGUUAGAGGAAGCUGGUUUCUCAAAUGUAGCAUGCAUAACAUCUGGCCUUCAAACUGCAAAACCAGGGACAUUUGAUUCUGUUGGGUCCACAGAGUUGCAGGAUGCUGGCAAAGCUGGUUUGGUGACAAUCCAAGGAAAAAUCUCAACUGUGUUGGGAACUGUUCUUAUUUGUGCAUAUUUAUUCAUUACCUUCUUCCCUGAGCAAGCAGAGAAGCUAUUCCAAAUGGCCCCUACAGGCUAAGCCUAAAAAUUUCAUUAAUUUUAGUCUUUCUUGAUUUUCUUCUUCCCCCCUCAUUGUGCAUGUAGCAUAAUUAAGGAACGUGAGAAUAGAAUUGAGGAACAUAAUAACAUGAAGUAUGUAUAAAGUGAUGGAAGAGUUAGUAAUGUCAGUAAGACUAUAAUGAUAAAAAAAACAAUUUGUUUAUCCCAUUGGUGAAUGCCCAUUUCCAAUGUUUAAGAUACCAUUUUUUUCGAAUAUGCAUUACUAGGACCGUAUAUUUAGCAGUAUUCCAUGUACUGAGUGGCCGAACCCGGUAUAUAUUAGCAGUAUACCAUUUUUAUAUCUGGUUACCUUGUAUUUCAAAAAAGGUGAUAUGAUGUUUUAUAAACUUGGAGAAGCACACCACAAAAACUAGCCUCUGUAGUUGGAGAGCUCAAUACUUUAUAAACCUACACUAGAAUUCCAUACUUCCAAUGUGAAACUCAAUCUCAUACCUUGCAAUUAGGAUCCUAACAUCACACCACACUCGUUGUGCACUAGCCCCUUAACUAGUCCUGAGCGAAUGGAAAUAUCAGUGUCACCUCCCACUGCAAUGCCAGUGUUACUACCUACGUGUUUGUUUGUAGUUGAGAAACAUGGUGAAAAGCGUUGACACUACUUGACAAGAACUUUGGGAGAAUCACACUAUAAAAGUUAGUGAUUGUAUUUGCAGAGUACAAGGCCUUUUAAACCCUACACUAGAAUCUCACACUUCCAGUGUGGAAUUCAAGUCUCAUACAUUGCAAUUAGGAUCCCAAUAAUGCCUAACAGAUUUUGUAACAAGUUUUAAGAGUAUGUUUGAAACAUAUUCAUCACAUUAUUCUAACAACACGAACUUCUAUAAUGAUUAACUUGAAACAUGUAACUAGUUGAAUGAAUUU